AUGCCUGUUCCAGAAAUAUCCUCGUUUGAUCCUCGGACUCAGCUCAUCCCCAACAUCAUUGACCAUUAUGCUCAGGUUAAGCCCGAUGCGAUCUAUACUGAAUAUCCUAUCUCCUCCAUGAGUUACGAAGAUGGAUACCACCCAAUUACCUUUAAAGCCUUAGCCAAUGCCAUCAAUGGUAUCGCUUGGUGGUUAACUAGAAAGCUGGGCCCGGGGCAUGGGGAGAUCCUCGCAUACGUAGGCCCCAAUGACUUACGAUACCCAGCCUUGGUGCUGGGGGCUGUCAAAGCCGGAUACUGUAUGUUCCUCACAUCGCCACGGAACAGUGUGGUCGCUCAUAACAGCCUGCUCAAGCGGCUUGAUUGCACCACCCUGAUCAGCCCCGUGCCGCGACCACCACCCGUCACGAAUAUCCUAGAGGCAUCCCCCCUAGAUGUUCUAGAUGCCCCCAGCGUAGAUGAGCUGGUGAGCAAGGAACAUCGCCAUUUCAACUUUCCGAAGACUUAUCCGGAAGCCGCCAGAGAGAUUCUGGCUGUUCUCCACACAUCUGGUUCAACGGGAAUCCCAAAGCCAAUUUUCUGGACCCACGAUACUGCCUGCAAACACAUGGAGGUGGUGGUUCUGGAGCCCCCAGAAGGAUAUGAGAGUCUGGACCACUGGAAUCGGGGCAAGAGAAUGUAUCUGGUUCCUCCUCCCUUCCAUGCGGCCGGUCUGGCCUACCUACACUUCAUCAUCUUGUCUGUCGGUAUCAGCCUCGUCCUGCCAACAUCCGGCGGUCUUCCCACUGCAGCCGCCCUGGUCGAAGCGAGAAAACGUACCCCCUUCGAGACCGCCUUGAUCGUGCCGUCAAUCGUCCAGGAACUGGCACAGAGCCCGGAUCUCCUAGACUUCUGUAGCAAACACCUAACGCAUCUCAUCUAUUGCGGAGGAGACCUCCCUCAGUCGAUCGGUGACACAGUAGCCGCAAAGAUCAAGUUAGUGAAUCAGUAUGGUGCGUCGGAGGUCGGGAUGGUCCCUUCUAUCUACUCCAAAACCAAUCGUGAUCCCCUUAAGGACUGGCGUUAUAUCGAUUUCCACCCCCGCAUGGGAGUCGAACUCCGUAAUAUCGCCGGGGAGGAGUAUGAGAUGGUUAUAGCGCGUCACCCUGAACGUGAGCGCUACCAGUUCCCUUUUACGCUUUUUCCUGAUCGGCAUGAAUAUCACACUUCAGACCUGUUUGUGCGACAUCCAGAUCCCGCUAAGCGCGACCUCUGGCGCUGGUGCGGUCGUGCAGACGACGUGAUUGUCUUCCUCAACGGUGAGAAAACCAAUCCAGUAUCAAUGGAACAGCACAUCAUCGCGUGUAAUCCAGAUGUCACUGCGGCGCUUGUGGCCGGCUCACAGCGCUUCCAAGCAUCUCUCCUAGUAGAAGUGAAUGGAAAGGAUCUCAGCGUGAGUGAACGCGCUGCGAUGAUUGAAAAGAUUUGGCCAAGCAUUGAACAAGCUAAUGCGGCUUGUCCCGCGCAUGCGCGUGUGGCCAAGACUCAUAUUCUAUUCACGACACCGAAUAAGCCCAUGCUUCGAGCCGGUAAGGGAACCAUUCAACGAGCUGGCACGCUGGCGCAGUACGCUCCGGAGUUGGAUGCCUUGUAUAUUGAUGCGAACAAGCUGGCACAAGAUGACGGUGAUUGGCUUGGGCCUGGAUGCACCGAGGAUCCUGAACUUAUCUCGGAUUAUAUCCGACAAUCCAUCCUUACCAUCACUGGGUGGAAUGUCAACAAGCUGACAGAUACGGAGAAUUGGUUCAAUCUCGGAUUGGACUCCCUGCAAACGAUCACUGCUACUCGUAUUUUCAAGCGUGGGCUUGGCUCCCCUACCCUCACUCCAAACCUAAUCUAUCUUAAUCCAACAGUGAUGGAUUUGACGCAAGCGGUACUAUGCCUUCAGCAGCACCAGGAGGCGUCUGCAGAGGCUCAGAAGGAGGCUCAAUUACAAGACCGAGAUCAGCUGCUGCAGGAGCUCAUCGGACAGCUGGCCAUCGGCACCGAUCAUACCGAGUCCCCCACGGCCCAUACUGUUUUACUCACUGGCUCGACGGGCAAUUUGGGCGCCUACAUGCUUGAUACACUAUUAAGGAACCCAACGGUGAGGCAUGUACAUUGCCUUAAUCGGAAGGGUAAUGCGAUCGACGUGCAGCAUAAGAAGAGUGAAGCCUACAAUUUAAAAUUAGAUAUGUCGCGCGUGAGCUUUUGGGCUACAGACCUGUCGCAGCCAGAUUUCGGGCUUCAGUCCGAUAUUUAUCAGAUGAUGCAGUCAACAACCACCCUAGUAAUCCACAAUGCCUGGACCGUUAAUUUCAACCUCUCCCUGGCAUCCUUCAAGCCUAACUUGGUGGGAGUAGUGAACCUGAUCAACUUCACCCGCAACGCCACUCAGUCCCCGCAUCUUUUCUUCAUCUCUUCCAUUAGUUCCACCAUGGGCCACCGCACUGGCAAUGGCUUAACCCCGGAGGGAUUGAUCACGACUACAACCCCGGCUCCAAACGGCUACGCCAAUAGCAAAUACCUCGCAGAACACCUUCUCGCCCAAGCUGCUGAACAGAGCUCCUUGCAUGCUUCUUUCGCCCGUGUAGGCCAGAUCGCGGGGCCUGUGCGGUCUCGUGGCUUGUGGAAUAAGGCAGAGUGGUUCCCCAGUCUUGUCCUGAGCUCCCUACGCGUUGGUGCUCUCCCCGAUACCCUCGGGCCGGCUCUCGACCGUAUUGACUGGGUACCAAUCGACCUGUUGGCCGAAGUAUUAGUCGAUAUGGCUCUAAAGAAAGACAAAACAACCAACGAAUGUGUCAAUGUUUUUCAUCCGGUAAACCUGCACCCUCUGACCUGGGAAAUAAUUCGGCCCGUCGUGGCAGAUGCUCUCCUCAAAACGUCCGGGAAAACAGUUGAAACUAUUCCUUUCCGAGACUGGGUCCAGCGAAUCCGGCAGGACGUUGAGACAGCUGGUGCUGGCGGCAAGGCCCUUAGCGACGAGGAGGAGCUGCAGGCGCUCGUCGCUAAAAACCCUGCCAUCAAGCUGCUUGAAUUCUUCGAGGAUAUCAUGUCCAAGUCUACGCGGGAGAACGUGCUGGAUACGCAACUCACCGCGCAGUGCAGUGAGAAAUUGCAGGCCGUGGAGGCUGUCAAGCCGGAAUGGAUCCAGAAGUGGGUUGGGGAGUGGGUUCAGUGA